UUCUCUAGCCACCUUUCCGAUAAAACAGACAAAAAACUUCACUCUACUUUCUCUUUCUCUCUCCUCCCCAGUUCCUCCCUACCUCUCUCGAUCUAGUUCUCGCCGAUAUUUUCUGAUCGCCGGAGACUUAUUUUUGUUAGGAGAUUUUGUGAUUGGAGGUUUUGUGGUUCGUACUCCUACUCCAGAUCGCAGCGUUUUUUUAAUGUUUUUUUUCGAAAAUUAGGGUUUCAGUCAACUUCCGAAAUUGGAACUUUAGAUUUUGUAAUUGGCUCUUGAUUUUAAUAGUUUUUGUAACGUAUAUGAAUGCGGUUUAAUUAAUAGUUACAUUUAAUUGAUUUGAAAAGGAAUUAAUUAGGGUUCGUACGAAGAAUACUUGCAGCUAGGGUUUUGUAAAAAUGCCGAGGAGUUCGCGGCAUAAAUCUAGCAAGCAUAGCUCUAGAGAUGUUAGGGAUUACUCUGAUUCCGAGAAAGAAUCUGGCUUGAGGGAGAAGAAAGCUAGGGAUGAUGGUGGUGGAAGUAAUAGUAAUAGACAUUUGAAAGAAUCGACUUCAGGUGAGAAGCGAAAGAUUGAAUCGAAAUCAAUGGAUGUUAGUGGGCGUGUUAUUGUUGAUGAUUAUGGUGCUUCCUCUUCGUCUUCCAAGAAGCGGAAGGAGAAGGAGGUUGAUGAUAGGUGGACGGGAGGCGAUAGCAAUAAAGAGCAUGACUUAUCGAAGAAUGAUUUGAAAAGUGAUUUCAAGAGGUCAAGUCGAAGAGAGGAGAGUUUGGUUGUUGCAGAGGAGGGGAAAAGAAGCGGGAGCAAAGUGGAGUCAAAGCAUCAUAGGUCAGAGAGGAAGGAGAGGAGUGAGAAAGAAGGGGGUUUUGAGCGUGAUAGGAAGACGAGUAAAGCUGAAAUACCUGAUGAUGUUGUUUCAGGGAAUGCGGAGACUUUACCAGAGAACGUAGGAGGGAAUAGGAAACAGGGCAGUGGAGAGGAACGUGGAGGAAAACAUGGUAUUAAUAAUACUGACUAUAAUAUUAAAGAUGUUAAAGAUGUGAUUAAUAAUACCGAAUCUGAGAGAGAACUUGAUCGACGAGUUAAAAGAAAAAAAGAUGGCUCAGGUGAUGGGGAGAAGCAUCAAGAUAGCUCUCGAGAAUUGGAUGACAAAAGAUUGUCUUCUAAGGAUGAUAUUGCCAGGUCAGGCAAGUAUAAGGAGGAUGCUCAUAAGGAUGAGAAAGUUCAAGAUAGAUACCAAGAAGAUGCAGACAAGAACAAUUGGCAGCAGGAUGAAAAACAAAGGGAUAAUCGAGCUACAAGAGAUUAUACCAGCGGUAGGUCAGAGAAUAAGCAUAUGAAGAAUGAAAAAAAAGAUUUGGAUGUAAUUCAGAAGAAAGCUAAGCCUCAUGGUAAUGAAUAUGACCGAGAGCCAGAUCGGGAGCAAGAUCGUGAUCGAGAUCGUAAGAGGGGUAGGGAUCGUGAUCGUACCCGACAUGAACGCAAUCGGGACCGUGAUCGUGACAGAGAGCCUGAUGAGCGGCACCCUGACUUUGAUCGGGAGAAGGAUCGAGACCGAGAACUUGAACGGAUCCAUGAGCGAGAUCAUGAACUUGAGCGGGAAAGGAAACGUGGUCGUGAUCGUUACCACCGUGAACGUGACAGAGAACGGAUUCGUGAUCGUGACCACAGCCAUGAACAUGGCCGUGAUCGAGACUAUGAGCACGAUCAUGAUUAUGUCGCUCAUGUUGAUGACAAAGGGUCUAGGUACAAGGAUGAUAGAGGAAGGAGAAGAUCUCCAGAUGUGUAUGAUAAUUAUCACAGUGAUAAAUCUAGAAGAGUUGAGUUAGAAGCUGAUAAGGACAGAUCUGUGUCGCGAAAAGCCCAUGUAAAUGUAACAAGUAGCAGUCGCCGCAGAGCCUCACCCAGCUCCAGGACUCAUGCUAGUGCAGAAAAAUACAGAGAUAAUAUUCAAGAUGAGACUAAGUAUGGAGAUUCCUUGAAAGAUGUCUCUACAUCUGAGACACUUGAUAAAGUUCCCAUGUAUAGAUCAGGGGAGAAGCGCACCAAAUUUGAUGAGAAUCACGUUGGAGACUUGUCAGAGAGAUCUCCAAGUACUAAGGCAUCCCCUGGAGGUUUGAAGGAAAGAUCUCCUUCAACCAGUGUUGGUCGCCGUUUUCAAAGUAGAACUCCCAGAAGAAGAAGCCUUGAUGCUGAUGAGGCUGAGAGAAGGAGUGGUUCCAAUGACGUAAGAGAUGCUUCUUUUAUUGAGGACAGACAGGGUAGAGAAUUUUCUGUGAAGAAGCCUACAGUGGACGAGUAUCCUCCUGCAGUAUCUCCAUUUCGCCACAAAUCCGGUCAGGGUAAUAUCUCUUCUCACACUUCUGGUCCGACUGGGUUCAGAAGUGGUGCUGACAGUCCAUCUUUCAUGGGUUCAUUGGGAGAUGACACUAGAAGUCACUCAGGAAGUCGUUACAGGAGAAGUGUUGAUCCCAAUGGAGGAAGAGGGCCUGGAUCUGCUUGGAAGGGUAAUCCUAUCUGGCCUUCACCUCUACCUAAUGGCUUCAUGCCGUUCCCACCUCCUGGGCCACAUCAUGGAGGUUUUCCAUCAAUGAUUUCUCAGUUUCCUCCACUUUUUGGUGUUAGACCACCUUUGGACAUGAACCAUCCUGGAAUGCCUUAUCAUAUGCCUGAUGGGGAUCGAUUUCCUGGUCAUGUACGACCUAUGGGUUGGCAAAAUAUGGUAGAUGGACCAGUUCCUCCUCACUUUCAUGGAUGGGAUAGUAAUGGCGUUGUAAGGGAUGAAUCUGUCAUGUAUGGGCCUGGGCAUCUAGCCAGUGCUCAAAGGAGGGACAUAAAUGCAGACAUGUGGAAACCAAAUGGUGAUGUGAAUAUGGAUGUUAUGUCUGUGUCUCAGAAAGAUGGCCAUAUGGUUAAAUCUUCUAUGGAUGAAGCUUCUUCUGGACAGGGUGUUUCAAGGUCUCAUGUUGAAAAUAGUUGCCUUGAUGAGGGAACAAGUUUUAAGAUGAAGACUUCAAGUGGUCCAUCGUCAACGAAGGAAAUUGGAAUGACUCCAGCUAAAGUGGUUACUGAGAAGACUCCUGAAUCUUCAAGCAUUGAUGAAACUGGGAAUUCAUUGCGUGCUUACCUUGCUAAGCUUGAUAUUUCAAUGGAUAUAGCUGAUCCAGAAUUAUAUAAUCAGUUUAUAAAUAUUGCUGUUAAGGAGCAGUCUGAAUUAAUUGAAGAAGUGGAAGUUGAAUGUUUGGAGGAUAUGGCAGUUGCUGAACAAGAGGUUACUGAUUUGACUAUGGGCUCGGCAUUUUUCCCUGCAGUUAAAGAUUCAAUAUUUCAGAAAGCAAUGGAUUUAUACAAGAAACAAAACUCUAAAAGAAUAUUAUCUAUAAAACCUAAUGAGGAGCACUUGCACAGUCAUUCAGCUCCUCAACUUGAAGUUGAACAAUGUUCUGCUGUAAAGGAGGAAACAAACAGUCCGGUCACUUGUAGUGUUAAAAAGGAAGAGCCAACUAUUUUAUUUCCUGAAGGCUCUAUCACACCUGUGAUGGAAGGGAAAGAAGCUGCUUUCAUCACCAGUGAUAAAGCACUGGAUGGUGGACCUUUACAGAGUACUGAGCUGGCCCUUGGUCUCGAGGAUCAAGAAAUAAAUCCCACUUUUAUGGCGGAGACAAAAGAUGAAAAUAUCAACCUUGCCGACAGCACCUUUUCCAAUGCCAUCAAAACAACCCUCGGAGAGGUCGGUAGUGAUGGUAUGUGUGUUGGUACACCUGAUGAGCCGUUGAAUUGUGGUGUAAGUGAUGCUUUAGUUUUGUCCCAUGAUUCUGUUAAAGUUUGUGAGGCUUUCAAUUUAGUGUCAAAUGAGUCGGAUUCAGUUAGUUUGAGUCGGAUACAUCAUGCUCCUGAAAGUACACAUUGAAACAAUUUUUGCGAUAUUUUUCAGUUGCGCUUAAUUCUUAGCUA